GAGUGUACGCAGCCCCUGCGGUCACUGUUGGCACUGCUGAUCAGGUGUGUCGGCCAGGACAAAAUUACAGCACAAGAGCUGUUGGAUCUUUGUGGCGCAGACGUUGCCUUAGCCGUUGCGGUAAUCGCGGAGGCCUUGAUUGCCCCACGACCGCCCGGGCUGCCCCUGUGGCCGUUGCAGCUAUGCUCGCUGCUACA